AUGGGCUCUUUCAUGGGCACAACGAGAAGAAGACCGGAAAAGGCAGCGAUCGGCAAAUGGGUUGGAGAGAAAGCCGCUGACGAAUAUCUGCGUAUCCUCGGUGAGAUGGAUUUUUCUGCCGGAUUCGAGUCGCUCACGAAGUCAAAAGUGGAGCCGGAGAAGUGCCGCAUUUGGUUCAAGAAUAUGGAUAAAAAUCGGAGCACGGAUUUGAUGUGCUACGACUAUAAUCUGGUCAAAGUGGAUGGAUGCCCGAGUCUGUACAAUGCGGCCACUUUUGCCGAUAUUCCUAAUGUAAGUGAUAACAGUCGUUGAGAAGCAGAACGUCGAACAGUUUAGCUCCUGCUCAAAACCAUUCUCAGCCAGAUGCCAUCGUACGAUCCGCAAGGCGCCGAGUGGUUGUGGAAAACUGUUCACGCGCACAAAGUCAAAGUGAUGCAGAUCUUUGCGGCGCCGGACGAGCAUCCACAACUUGACACGCUUUUCAAGACAGACAUCGGUUAUUUCAAGGUGAACGGCAUCCAUGUCCGUACUCUGAAAGUCGACAAGGAUGUCUACGGAGAGCUUGGAUUCAAUCAAAACGAGCGCCCCUCGGACACUGAUUGCUUCACUGUCGAGUGUUUUACAGAAGGCGACGAGGAGGAGCCUGUUGUGUGCAAAGUUUAUGUGAACGGCUAUUGGCAGCAGAAAACUCCGUCAAAAUCGAUUUACUUUCUGUUCGAGGCUGCUCAGACUGUGCUCCAGAAUCCUUGGGCUCCCGACGAAGCGGCAAUGUUCAUUUCGGUGGAAGGCGCCAGACGCAGCGGCUGUCUGCUCGCGGCGGUCGUCGCGAUGCACGAGAUGAACGAGGGAAGAGUUCCGAACGUUGGCGGCCCUCAUUUUACGGUGCAAACUACAAUUGUUACAGGUUGAGAGCAUUGUGAACAAUAUUCGUGACCAACGCCCACUCGCUGCUGCCGAUUUCGAUCAGUACACGAACAUUUACCUCUUGAUCAAUCUGAAUAUAAUCUAUCGUAUGCCAUUGAAUGCGUGGACCAUGUCGAAGCCCGAAUACGAAACGUUCUUUAAUCGACUCAACAAGGCUGUAGGCCAAGCUCAGUUUCGUCUGCUGAAAAGUCUCAUCGAUGUCUUUACCAAUAAAUAACGUUUAUUUUCUCGAGCAGCUAUUCCAAAUUGCGAUAUAUUGAAACACAGUGGACAGUGCCCAUCUAAAUGUUCCAGAUCUUGGAAAUUGAGUUGGAAGCAGUCGUACCCCGAUCUUUCACCAGUUCAAUUUUCCAUUAUGAAAAUGAGAUGCAAAUUUCGCGCAACUCGUCCACAACGCCAACGGACACUCAAGUGUUUUUGCUGCUUGAAGACCAGCGCAAGCUUACCUGAAAAGAGAGAUCGCAGUUAGUAGAAGAGACACAGAAAUCGGAUCGCUUUUCCUCUCUCUCUCCCUCUCUCUCUCUCGCUCAUCCUCGCAACAAUCUCCUCCGAUUGUUUGCCGCAUCGCGUCCGUCCGAGGCGGAGUGGGCUCCCGCUCUGGGAGUAGGACGGGAUGUCUCUUUUUGCGUCUCUCUCACCCACCGAGCAACAUGUUUUUGUCCGCCUGGCCAGAGCUUUUCGCGCCUCGAACACCCGGCGAUCCGACUUUUUUGGGUGGGAGGCUUUAGGUUUCAGUGUCGUGAUCCGUCUCCUGCCUGUUUGUUGUGAGCACAAAAUCCAGACUACUAAUAGACGGCGGAGGAAUGAGGAGGAAAUGUACUUUUCCCAAUACCGCUCUACGUUCUCAGUAUCACAGAUUUUAUGUACUGGGGGCUUGUGUCUCAGCUGUUCCUGACCUCACUUAUCACAAUCUAUCAUCAUUUCAUGACCACCUUCUCUUUCUCUCUCUCUCUCUCUCUUCUUCGCUCACUCGUAAAUCUAUUAUUAUCCUUCGUCCAGAAGAGCCCAUGGAGCGUACGUCGAGUUUACGACGCAAGACGAGUGAUGGCGUCCUGGCAAAAGCGUCAAACUUUGGCCAGAUGCUCGAGGAGGCGAGUGGCUCUAACCAGCAACCUACCACCAACACAUUCUGUCUACUUUUUUAGGUUAGAAAGUUGGCGUUGAGCAAGUCGUUAUGGGACGAUGAGAUGCAGCGGGAUUUGCCAAAGAAGUGGGAGAAGCAUGGAGAUAUGAUUGUGUUUCCGCAGAACACUUUUACGCACAUCAAUUGGCGGUACGUUGGUGAGUUCAAGCGGCUGAAAAUCGAAGGUACUUCUACAACGUUCAGGCCGUGAACUGUGGGCAGUAGUCGCCGCCUCGCUGAACGUGGCUCGAGUCGGUCGUAAACGGCAAAUCGACGAUAUGCGUACCGCGCACGUGGACCUCCUCUAUGGUGCCGACGGUUGGGUGGAUUACGUGGACGAGCGUGGCAUCCGAUUCGCGUACGACACAACCGUCAGAGUGUUCGAUAACGCGAAGAAGAACGAGAUGAAGCGAAUCUCAAAGUGGGCGUGUCAAGGCCAAACCAUCGUUGAUUUGUACGCCAGCCUCGGCUACUAUUCACUAACAUUUUUGGUGUCGUGUGAAGCGAAACAAGUCGUGGCGAUUGAUUGGAACGAUGAGAUUCUCGAGAGUUUGAUCCGAAGUGCGCAGGUGAACCACGUCGACGAUCGGCUUCAGGUGAUGUGCGGAGAUUGCCGAAGAGUUUGUCCGGAUCAGACUGCCGAUCGCGUGUACUUGGGACUUUUGCCGUCCUGUCGAGCGCACUGGUUGACGGCGUGUAAGGCGCUGAAACCAGAGGGAGGCAUGAUUCACAUCAACGAGAUUCUGGAUAUGACGACAGAGACGAAGAAGAAGGUUGAGACGAAAAGUGGAGAGGCAACGGAUAAGACGAAGAAGAUUGUGAAAGAAGGAGAGACACCCAAGAAGAAGAAAGUUUUGAGACAAAAGUGAGUGAGCUGCUGAAUGUUCCGCUCAGCCAGAUUGUCCAUUUUCAGAACGCUGCCAGUCUUGUCUGCCGUCAAUGAGAACCCGAUUCCGGAACCUCAAAAACUGCUGUCGUCGGAACCUCAAGCCCCAGCCGAGACAAACGGCGCGGCGGCAUCAGAAGAAGUUGAUGGAGAACAGAAGAAGAAAAAGUUUACGAGAUCGGCGUCGAUUGUGGAAGAGAUGGAGAAUCGAGUACUUCCGGAGGUGAAGGUUUGGAAAGAGUACGAGAAUGGGGGAUGGGGACGGUUGGCCGAGAAACAUCGGGAGUUUGCAAAGGAUUGUGGACAGAGGUUAGCGGGGAAAUCGAGAAAAGCAAAUGGAAAACAGUGUGUUUUCAGUUGCACCCGCUUCCUGAACAAUAUUCAUUUGUCUGAUGUGAUGUACACGGUGACUGUGGUCAAUAUUACCAGGUGGACACUUUGCAACCAAAUAAAAUGCUAAAUCUCUUCUCAAUUUAAGAUACGGCGAAGUUGAAAAAGGAAAAGAGCACGUGGUCCUGGAGCUAUUGUGCUGUCAACAAGAUGCAUCCGCCGAGCAUCUCAUCUCCAAGUUUACUUCGGAAAAUUUGAAAACAUAA